GUUGACCUGCAACGACGAUCGGCCAAUUUCGCUGUAUCUGUCGUCUCGUCGUCUCGAAAUCCGCAGCACACCUACUGCUUGUCGCUUCCUCGCACCAAACCGUCUACUCAGCCUCACCGUCCACGGCAUCACUUGUCGUCUGGCGGUCGGUGGGAGGGGUCGACCAAAAAACCGAGCCUUUUAGUCGAGAUUAUGCCAGCAAAUCGAGUCCAGGCCGUGGAGCGCCAGGCGACUGACUGGCCGGAAACUGCCGCCUCCAAGGCAGCACCUUCAGCAGAGAUGGAGAAAGGCAAAGCAGACGAAUGGUGCUCAGGGAUGGUAUGUGCUCAACGGCCUGUCACUGCCAGGUGGAGCAUGGGACAAAGUCGGUCGACUACCAAGUGCCGAUAA